AUGAGUGAGACGCUAGAAGAACGUCUUAAGAAGAACUCUUCAGCAUUCGAUGGACUUCUUUCAUUGAUUCCAUCGAAGUAUUACUACGAUGACGACACCCAGGAACAAUGGAGACAAAAAAAACAAACGAAAGAGCAGCUACGCAAGAACAAGAAAUUGAAGCUUGAUCCAGAAAGUCAGAACGACAAGAGUUUGACCGCUGCCGACGUUUUAAAAAAGAAAGCCGCAGAUGCCAAACCGGUCCAGUUGCCGAGUGUUGCUAUGUCAGGUUUAAUGGCGUUGAAACCAUUGAAUGAUGACAAUGAAGAUGAAGAAGAAGAUGAUGAUGAUCAAUUGAUCAAAUCUGAUGAUGAUGAUGUAACAAUCAUUUACGAUGACGAGGGUAACGAAAUUGAAUUGGGGUCCCCAAAGGAACAAGAACAACAUGAAGCGGUGAAAAAGAACAAUGGUAAGAAGGAAUUGAGUCCCGAAGAAAAAAAAAAAAAAGAGGAGAAUAUGAGUAAAUUGAAAGCCAAAUUACAACAGAAGAUCGAGACCAUGAAGGCGAAAAGAAAGGCUCCUGGUAGUAAAGCUCCUGGCGCCCCAAAAUCCAGAGAGCAGAUUUUAGAGGAACGUCGCAAGAAGCAAGAACAAAGAGACUUGUUGAAACGUAAAAGAGAGGAUGACGAGGAGGAAGAGGAGGAUGAGGAGGAUGAGGAUGAAACAAUGGGCCAGAUUGAUAGUGAUGUGGAUAGUGAUAAUGAAGAAGCAAAAGCGAGUGAAGAAAACGGGGUGUUAUUUCAAAACAUUAUCUUCAAUGAUGGUGAUAGAACUACAUCGGAUCUUACAAAGCUUCGAAAAAUGAAAAAAAAGAAAGGUCCAGCUAAUAGAGACAUCAAAGCCCAUCUUAAGAAAGUUCAAAUAAAGAAGGACAAGUAUGCCAGAAUGGACGAAACUUCCCGUAAAGAAGCUGAAGAAAAGGACAAAUGGAAUAGGAUGCUCCAAAAGGCUGAGGGUGUGAAGGUCAAGGACGAUGAAAAGAUGUUGAAGAAAGCUUUGAAGAACAAAGAAAGAUUGAAGCGGAAAAGUGAGAACCAGUGGUAUGAGCGUAAAAAUACCGUGAAGAAGAAUGUUCAAGAUAGACUCCGUAUUCGUGAAGAGAAUCUUCAAAUUAGAAAGGAGAAUAAAGGGGUGAAGCGCAACCAGCAGAAGAAGCAGAUCAGGAAGUUCCAAGGUCCAAAGGCCAAAAAGGGAAAGAAGAAGAAGGCUGGGUUUUGA